UUUUUUUUUGUCUUUUUUCUCAUCAUGCCUCCUUUAUCAGAAAGACCUCGUAUUCAUCCUGUUUAUCAAGAAGCUUGCUCAUAUAGCAAAGAGUAUAUCUAUCCAUUAUUUGAAAAGAAUGUCACUAAAUCCCUUGAGGAACAACGCAAGUUUAUUAUUGGUUUACGUGCUCAAAAUGAUAAGCCCUUUGUCAAGACUAAAUUAAAAGAUGUUUUGCGCUCUAAACAACAGAUGGAUAAGAUGAAUACCACUAUUUUUAGACCCCUAGGCACAGAAGAACAAGUGUUACCUGUGACUCUUUUAAUCCAUGGCGGUGGAUGGUUAAUGGGUAAUACAAACUCGUAUUCUAAACUGGCGAUUGAUUUGUGUAUCACAUCUCACUCAGCUGUUGUGUUUGUGGAAUAUUCAUUGAGUCCAGAAGUCAAGUUUCCUAUAGCCCUUGAAGAAUGUUUCUCAGUUGUUAGUUGGAUUCUUCAAUAUGGGCGUUCGAUUCAUUUAAACUCUGAUCGAUUGGUGGUUACAGGUGAUUCUGCAGGUGGUAAUAUGGCUGCUGCCUUACCAAUCAUGGCAAAGGAUCGAGGUUUACCACAUGCCAUUCAGGCACAAGUCUUAUUGUACCCUGUCCUAAGUCCUCAAGUGGGCAUGUAUCCAUCCCAUGCAUUAUUUAGUGAUGGUGCUUAUGGCUUAGGCAAGCAUCACCUUGAUUUGCUACACAAGUUUUAUUUUCCACAGCCUGUGACCACACCCUAUGCUGCACCUUUAUUGGCCACUGCAGAUCAAUUAAAAGGCUUACCUACUGCACUGAUAUUGACAUGUGAGGCAGAUAUUCUUCGUGAUGAAGGUGAAGCGUAUGCUGCUCAACUCUUGACUGCAGGUGUAGAUACAGUAGGCAUACGUAUGAUGGGUGUCAUUCAUGGUUAUUUAGUCGAUGACUAUCCUGAUUUACCUUCCUAUAUCACAUCUUUGCAUUUGAUCUGUGACUUUAUUAAGUCUGUGCAAACUAUUUAAAAUAUGCAACUCGAUAGUUUAGGUUUGCAUAAAAGAAAAACAGGAGAAAGAAAAAGUUGAUUGUUCUAUGAAAUCCCUGAUUCUGCAUUCUCUGUUUUUAUAUAUAUGUAAAAUGAAUUUUUUUUUGUUUUUAUUUGGAUAUUAGCAAACAAAAAUAUGAAUGAUUUAUGUACAAAAAUUGAAAUUAAAAAAUAAAGUGUAUGGAUGUGGUUCAUAAAAAGAGAAA